AUGCGGCAACAGCGACGAAAACACAAUUUCAACGAUGAGAAUAGACCUGAGGAAAUUCAAAAAACCCGUCGCGAAGUUUGUACGAAUUGCGCGCAAAUAGCAAUAGAACAACUGCUUCCCCUUCUUGCAGAACUACGCGACGACGAGUCGAUAGGUUCGCCUUCUUACGAUCCCUGGGUCUGUACGAAUCGCGCACGAAUAGCAAUACAACAAUUGAUUCCCCUACUUGCAGGACUUCGAGCCGUAUGUUCCGAUUUUUGUCGACAAUUCCGGGAAGAUACUACCUGUACGAAACGCGCACGAAUAGCAAUACAACAAUUGCCUAACUUGCAGGACUUCAAGCCGUUUGUUCCGGAUUUUAUCGAAGAAAUUGUUUUGAAGGAACCGGAAAAAGACCUUAGAGCACGGGAUGCGAUUCUCAAGAUCGUACGAGACACGUUCCUAAAGGCACUGAAUCAGGCGGAGGAGAAAUGGAAUGCUAGGAAGCAAUCGGAACAGAAUGCUAGGAAGCAAUCGGAACAGAAUGCUAGGAAGCAAUCGGAACAGAAUGCUAGGAAGCAAUCGGAACAGAAUACUAGGAAGCAAUCGGAACAGAAUGCUAUGAAGCAAUCGAAACAGAAUACUAGGAAGCCAGAGGAAUUAUCCUACUCUCUUCGAGACUUGGUUCGGAACUCGCUGGUCAAGUAUCUACUGGAUUCUUCCGGAUGGAUUCGGACAUGUGUUACAUCCAAGAACGCCCUCCAGGAAUCAGGGAGUCUGGACAACCACAAGGCCCUCCAGGAAUCAGGGAGUCUGGACAACCAGAAGGCCCUCCAGCAAUCAGGGAGUCUGGACAACCAGAACACCAACCUGGGAUCGGGAAGUCCGGACAACCAGAAAAAUUCAAUAUCAAAAAGCCCAAACAAUGACCAGGGAUUAGGGAGUCCGAACAAACAAAACCCCAUUCAGGGAUCGAACAACCAGAACACCAACCUGGGAUCGGGAAGUCCGGACAACAAGAAAAAUUCAAUAUCAAAAAGCCCAAACAAUAACCAGGGAUUAGGGAGUCCGAACAAGCAAAACCCCAUUCAGGGAUCGAACAACCAGAGCACCAUCCUGGGAUCGGGAAGUCCGGACAACAAGAAAAAUUCAAUAUCAAAAAGCCCAAACAAUAACCAGGGAUUAGGGAGUCCGAACAAGCAAAACCCCAUUCAGGGAUCGAACAACCAGAGCACCAUCCUGGGAUCGGGAAGUCCGGACAACAAGAAAAAUUCAAUAUCAAAAAGCCCAAACAAUAACCAGGGAUUAGGGAGUCCGAACAAGCAAAACCCCAUUCAGGGAUCGAACAACCAGAGCACCAUCCUGGGAUCGGGAAGUCCGGACAACAAGAAAAAUUCAAUAUCAAAAAGCCCAAACAAUAACCAGGGAUUAGGGAGUCCGAACAAGCAAAACCCCAUUCAGGGAUCGAACAACCAGAGCACCAUCCUGGGAUCGGGAAGUCCGGACAACCAGAAAAAUUCAAUAUCAAAAAGCCCAAACAAUGACCAGGGAUUAGGGAGUCCGAACAAACAAAACCCCAUUCAGGGAUCGAACAACCAGAACACCAACCUGGGAUCGGGAAGUCCGGACAACAAGAAAAAUUCAAUAUCAAAAAGCCCAAACAAUAACCAGGGAUUAGGGAGUCCGAACAACCAGAACCUCCAGGAAUCAGGGAGUCUGGACAACCAGAACACCAACCUGGGAUCGGGAAGUCCGGACAACCAGAAAAAUUCAACAUCAAAAAGCCCAAACAAUGACCAGGGAUUAGGGAGUUGGUACAAACAGAAAUUAGAGAGUCCAAGAUGGAAGGAUAGAUGUCCAGCCUGCAACCAUCCACCAGAGAUUCUGAACAACCAGAAACCAAGGAGUCCGCGCAACCAAACCCCCAACCAGAAAUCAAAGAUUCUGGACAACCAGAAUAAUAGCACCACGGUGUCAAGGAACGGGGCGAAAUCAAAUCAAAAUGGCCAGAACAGCCAGCGGCACAUUACCGCGAAGUCAUUGAGUACCCCGAAAUCAAAUCAGAGUGGCCAGAGCAGGCAGAAUACCAAAACCGCGGGAUCACCGAGUGACGGGAAAUCAAAUCAGAAUGGCCAGAGCAGCCAGAAUGCGAAAUUAAAUCAGAAUGGACAGAACAGCCGGAAUAACAAUAUCACGGAAUCAUCGAGUACCGCGAAAUCAAAUCAGAAUGGCCAGAGCAGCCAGAAUGACAAUGCCAUGAGAUCAUCGAGUAGCGCGGAAUCAAAUCAGAAUGGCCAGAGCAGGCAGAAUACCAAAACCGCGGGAUCACCGAGUGACGGGAAAUCAAAUCAGAAUGGCCAGAGCAGCCAGAAUGCGAAAUUAAAUCAGAAUGGACAGAACAGCCGGAAUAACAAUAUCACGGGAUCAUCGAGUACCGCGGAAUCAAAUCAGAAUGGCCAGAGCAGCCAGAAUGACAAUGCCAUGAGAUCAUCGAGUACCGCGAAAUCAAAUCAGAAUGGACAGAGCAGCCGGAAUAACAAUAUCACGGGAUCAUCGAGUACCGCGAAAUCAAAUCAGAAUGGCCAGAGCAGCCAGAAUGACAAUGCCAUGAGAUCAUCGAGUAGCGCGGAAUCAAAUCAGAAUGGCCAGAGCAGGCAGAAUACCAAAACCGCGGGAUCACCGAGUGACGGGAAAUCAAAUCAGAAUGGCCAGAGCAGCCAGAAUGCGAAAUUAAAUCAGAAUGGACAGAACAGCCGGAGUAACAAUAUCACGGGAUCAUCGAGUACCGCGGAAUCAAAUCAGAAUGGCCAGAGCAGCCAGAAUGACAAUGCCAUGAGAUCAUCGAGUAGCGCGGAAUCAAAUCAGAAUGGCCAGAGCAGGCAGAAUACCAAAACCGCGGAGUCAUUGAGUACCCCGAAAUCAAAUCAGAAUGGCCAGAGCAGGCAGAACACCAAAACCGCGGGAUCACCGAGUGACGGGAAAUCAAAUCAGAAUGGCCAGAGCAGCCAGAAUGCGAAAUUAAAUCAGAAUGGACAGAACAGCCGGAAUAACAAUAUCACGGGAUCACCGAGUGACGGGAAAUCAAAUCAGAAUGGACAGAGCAGACAGAAUGACAAUGCCACGGAGUCAUCGAGUAGCGCGGAAUCAAAUCAGAAUGGACAGAAGAACCGGAAUAACAAUAUCACGGGAUCAUCGAGUACCGCAGAAUCAAAUCAGAAUGGACAGAGCAGCCGAAAUAACAAUAUCACGGGAUCAUCGAGUACCGCGAAAUCAAAUCAGAAUGGCCAGAACAGCCGGAAUAACAAUAUCACGGGAUCAUCGAGUACCGCAGAAUCAAAUCAGAAUGGACAGAGCAGCCGAAAUAACAAUAUCACGGGAUCAUCGAGUACCGCGAAAUCAAAUCAGAAUGGCCAGAGCAGACAGAAUGACAAUGCCACGGAGUCAUCGAGUAGCGCGGAAUCAAAUCAGAAUGGCCAGAGCAGGCAGAAUGACAAUGCCAUGAGAUCAUUGAGACGCGCGAAGUCAUUCAGUGAAUUAAAUAAGAAUGGCCCGAACAGCCAGAAUAACAAUGCCAUGAGAUUGUUGAGACGCGCGAAGUCAUUGACCGGAAUAACAAUAUCACGGGAUUAUCGAGAGAAUGGCCAGAGCAGCCGAAAUAACAAUAUCACGGGAUCAUCGAGUACCGCGAAAUCAAAUCAGAAUGGCCAGAGCAGCCGGAAUAACAAUAUCACGGGAUCAUCGAGUACCGCGAAAUCAAAUCAGAAUGGCCAGAGCCGACAGAAUGACAAUGCCACGGAGUCAUCGAGUAGCGCGGAAUCAAAUCAGAAUGGACAGAACAGCCGGAAUAACAAUAUCACGGGAUCAUCGAGUACCGCAGAAUCAAAUCAGAAUGGACAGAGCAGCCGAAAUAACAAUAUCACGGGAUCAUCGAGUACCGCGAAAUCAAAUCAGAAUGGCCAGAGCAGCCGGAAUAACAAUAUCACGGGAUUAUCGAGUGACGGGAAAUCAAAUCAGAAUGGCCAGAGCAGGCAGAAUACCAAAACCGUGGAGUCAUUGAGUGCCCCGAAAUCAAAUCAGAAUGGCCAGAGCCGACAGAAUGACAAUGCCACGGAGUCAUCGAGUAGCGCGGAAUCAAAUCAGAAUGGACAGAACAGCCGGAAUAACAAUACCACGGGAUCAUCGAGUACCGCAGAAUCAAAUCAGAAUGGACAGAGCAGCCGAAAUAACAAUAUCACGGGAUCAUCGAGUACCGCGAAAUCAAAUCAGAAUGGCCAGAGCAGCCAGAAUGACAAUGCCAUGAGAUCAUCGAGUAGCGCGGAAUCAAAUCAGAAUGGCCAGAGCAGGCAGAAUACCAAAACCGUGGAGUCAUUGAGUGCCCCGAAAUCAAAUCAGAAUGGCCAGAGCCGACAGAAUGACAAUGCCACGGAGUCAUCGAGUAGCGCGGAAUCAAAUCAGAAUGGACAGAACAGCCGGAAUAACAAUAUCACGGGAUCAUCGAGUACCGCAGAAUCAAAUCAGAAUGGACAGAGCAGCCGAAAUAACAAUAUCACGGGAUCAUCGAGUACCGCGAAAUCAAAUCAGAAUGGCCAGAGCAGCCAGAAUGACAAUGCCAUGAGAUCAUCGAGUAGCGCGGAAUCAAAUCAGAAUGGCCAGAGCAGGCAGAAUACCAAAACCGUGGAGUCAUUGAGUGCCCCGAAAUCAAAUCAGAAUGGCCAGAGCCGACAGAAUGACAAUGCCACGGAGUCAUCGAGUAGCGCGGAAUCAAAUCAGAAUGGACAGAACAGCCGAAAUAACAAUAUCACGGGAUCAUCGAGUACCGCGAAAUCAAAUCAGAAUGGCCAGAGCAGGCAGAAUACCAAAACCGCGGAGUUAUUGAGUAUCCCGAAAUCAAAUCAGAAUGGCCAGAGCAGCCAGAAUGACAAUGCCAUGAGAUCAUCGAGUAGCGCGGAAUCAAAUCAGAAUGGCCAGAGCAGGCAGAAUACCAAAACCGCGGAGUUAUUGAGUAUCCCGAAAUCAAAUCAGAAUGGCCAGAGCAGCCAAAAUGACAAUGCCAUGAGAUCAUCGAGUAGCGCGGAAUCAAAUCAGAAUAGCCAGAGCAGGCAGAAUACCAAAACCGCGGAGUUAUUGAGUAUCCCGAAAUCAAAUCAGAAUGGCCAGAGCAGCCAGAAUGCGAAAUUAAAUCAGAAUGGACAGAACAGCCGGAAUAACAAUAUCACGGGAUCAUCGAGUACCGCGAAAUCAAAUCAGAAUGGCCAGAGCAGCCGGAAUAACAAUAUCACGGGAUCAUCGAGUACCGCGAAAUCAAAUCAGAAUGGCCAGAGCAGCCAGAAUGACAAUGCCAUGAGAUCAUCGAGUACCGCGAAAUCAAAUCAGAAUGGCCAGAGCAGCCGGAAUAACAAUAUCACGGGAUCAUCGAGUACCGCGAAAUCAAAUCAGAAUGGCCAGAGCAGCCAGAAUGACAAUGCCAUGAGAUCAUCGAGUAGCGCGGAAUCAAAUCAGAAUGGCCAGAGCAGGCAGAAUACCAAAACCGCGGGAUCAUCGAGUACCGCGAAAUCAAAUCAGAAUGUCCAGAGCAGCCAGAAUGCGAAAUUAAAUCAGAAUGGCCCGAACAGCCAGAUGCACAUUACCGCAGAGUCAUUGAGUGCCCCGAAAUCAAAUCAGAAUGGCCAGAGCAGCCAGGAUGCGAAAUUGAAUCAGAAUGGACAGAACAGCCGGAAUAACAAUAUCACGGGAUUAUCGAGUGGUGCGAAAUCAAAUCAGAACAAUAGCCUCGGCCUCGGUGCAGGAAGCCACAAUGUGAGCCGUGGGAUCCAGAAAACAACUUCUGGUUCAGGGACGAAACUCAUUUCAACGACGACCCAAAGCACUGUCGUACCAACAUUACAGCAUUCAACAAUAAUAGGUUCAACAAUUCCAAGCCCUACGGAAGACAAGAAGCCCAAUAAUGCUUCUCUGGGGGGUUCUGGGACAGACGGGAACUUGAAUACGAAGCCGAUUGCUGAUUCGAGAAUGCCAGAGAACGGGUUGUGGGCUCCAACAAUGAUUGCAGUGGGGAUGGAGAACCAGAGAUCCUCUCGCCACCGACGGAUCAUCGCUGCACCAAAGCAACGAAGUGUGCUUCGCUCUUUCGCUAAAAUCGUUCAAAAGCGGUUACUGAAGCUCGAGAAGUUUGAUUCAUAUCAUGUGGAAUGUUGUAUAAAGAAACUGGCACCAAGACUUCGCGGGCGGCAAAAAUUUGUCAAAACACUUCUAAAGGAAAUCGGUGUACGCGGUCGACACGAAACGGUUCCACCAAGACGAGUGACUGUUGAAGGUGUGACGCAAUGUCUGAAACGCCUGGUGAAGCGCAGAAAGAUUACGAUUUCAAAUAUUCAAAAAUGUUUAAAGAGGAUUAAAAAGAAAGGGAACAGAACAAAGACGCGCGGUAAAAAAUCUUUGAGCAAGUCAAACAUUGCAAGAGCACCAAGCGGACAUCAACGCAAACAAGACCUCGGCAGAGAGGCCCCGCUUAAUUAUCCGUCCAAAGCUCUGGAGAGCUAG